AGGAUGAGAGAGAGCCCCACAGUCUGGGAUGCGGCUCGAAUCGGGGCAGAAAGAAAGGGGAAAGUAAGAUGCCUGCGCAAUUGUUAAUUUGCACGGAAUGAAUGCAAUUGGCAAGAUAACUCUACGGAUGGGCUGCAAGGUUCCCGCCGACUUUCUCGUCUAGGGAUAUUGCGCGCUGUGCGCGCGAAGAUUCCAACUCCGUAACAUUGUCACUAUUCUUUUUUGCUGCGGCCAACAAGUUGUAGAAUGGCAUGCAGGCUAGCCACAUUCAUUUUGUGCUGCAAUUCUAAGAAAUAGUUCGUUGCCUAUGGAGCGCUGAGAAAAGACCUGGUCGUCUGGCAUUAUGUCGAACGCAGGAAGGGAGGAGAUCCGUCGUUUUAUGAGCACCUGUGACGAGAUUGCUAAAAAUAUCCCUCGCUGCUAGCUUUCCAAUUAAGCGUUCGUCCCGAGAAGAUUCAGCUGCACUUGUGUAUAAAUUAGCGACGCCAACAGUGUUUAAGGAAGUGUGUCUUCUCCAUUCCAGCAGGGUUGCUCCAGGCCGCCGGAAAGCACAUCCCUGAGCAGGAGGAAGGGGGGAAAGAGGUUUGUGGAGAUGGCGUCGACUGGAUGUCCAGCGAAUUUACCAGGUCUGGAGUACUACACCUUUGCCAACGGUGUGUGUUCCAGACAAGACAGUUAUUUCGGAGGGAAGCCCUUGCUCUCCCAGGGGAUCGGCUAUGCCGUUGUUUUGGGCUUUGGUGCUCUCUUCGCAUUGGUCACGUCUUUCCUGGUGUGGCUGGAGCAGCGCUACAUCUUCUCUCGGCAUAAUUCCGAGUGGUUCAACACCGCGGGACGAAACAUCAAAACUGGGCUGAUCGCCAGCGUCAUUGUUUCUCAGUGGACAUGGGCUGCAACGAUUCUCCAGAGUUCCAAUGUGGCCUGGCAGUAUGGAGUAAGCGGUCCCUUCUGGUAUGCAAGUGGCGCCACCGUGCAGGUGUUGCUGUUCGGCGUCUUGGCUAUUGAAAUCAAGCGAAAAGCGCCCGGCGCGCAUACCAUCUGCGAAAUUAUUCGGGCCAGAUGGGGUACGGCCACGCAUAUAGUUUUCCUCUGCUUCUGCUUCGCCACCAACAUCAUCGUGACCGCCAUGCUUCUUCUGGGAGGGUCGGCUGUGGUUAACGCGUUGACAGGCAUGAACUUGUACGCCGCAAGUUUCCUCAUCCCCUUGGGAGUGGUCGUGUAUACCUUGCACGGAGGUCUCAAGGCCACCUUUCUGGCUAGUUAUCUGCACUCAGUUAUUGUGCACGCCGUGCUCGUGGUGUUCGUCUUCUUGGUCUACGUUACGAGCGAGAAGCUUGGAAGCCCCAAGGAUGUGUACGCGAAGCUUCACAGUGUAGUGGCAAUUCAAGACUGCACGGCACCCCUCAAUCACAAUACCCAAGCAUGUGGGCCGGUGAAAGGCAACAACGGAGGCUCGUACCUUACCAUGCUCAGCACUGGGGGCCUGGUCUUUGGUAUCAUCAACAUAGUUGGCAACUUCGGCACCGUGUUUGUAGACAAUGGCUACUGGAUGAGCGCUAUCGCUGCAAGACCUUCCUCGACGCACAAGGGCUACUUGCUGGGAGGACUCGUUUGGUUUGCGGUGCCGUUCUCUCUGGCCACAUCGUUGGGUCUUGGAUCACUUGCGCUAGGUCUUCCCCUUACCGCCGAUGAAGCUAACCAUGGCCUCGUACCCCCUGCAACAGCCACUGCUCUCUUGGGGAAGAGCGGCGCCAUCCUUCUUCUUACCAUGCUUUUCAUGGCGGUGACGUCCGCAGGAUCGUCGGAGCUGAUCGCAUUUUCCUCGCUCUGCACGUAUGAUAUCUACCGCACCUACGUCAACCCCAAGGCCACCGGCAAGCAGAUUCUCUGGGUGUCAAGAUUGAUCGUGUUGUUAUUCGGGUGUUUCAUGGGCGUGUUGGCCGUAGUGCUGAACAAGGCGGGUGUGUCCUUGGGCUGGAUGUACUUGGCCAUGGGUGUCUUCAUCGGGUCUGCUGUCAUCCCCGUGGCCUUCUUGCUCCUGUGGAGAAAAGCGAACGCCAAGGGCGCCAUUUGUGGCUCCAUCAUUGGAAUGCUCGCGGGGGUGAUCACAUGGCUCGUAGUGACCGCAGUCAUGUACAAGCGCGUCAACCUGGACACCACGGGUCGAAACGCCCCCAUGCUCGCCGGGAACUUGGUGUCCAUUCUCAUCGGAGGCGCUGUUCACGCCGUUAUGAGCUUCGUAGCGCCGCAAAACUACAACUGGGACACCACCAAGCACAUCACCAUGGUGGAGCUCGACGCGUCGGACGUGCCCGAUGAGGAGUACAGCGAGGCUAAGCUGAAGCACGCCCGCGCAUGGAUCAUCAAAUGGGGGGUCGGCUUCACCAUCCUCAUCGUCAUCAUCUGGCCCAUCUUCGCAUUGCCAGCGAAGGUCUUCUCCGAGGGCUACUUCACUUUCUGGGCGGCUAUCGCCAUCAUCUGGGGAACUGUGGGCUCAGCCGUGAUCAUCUUCCUGCCCCUAUACGAGAGCUGGGAUACCAUCUCCUUCAUUGUCAUGGGGAUGUUCACCAGCGAUAUCAUGUACGAGAGGCUAGACGACAUCAGCAGCCGCCUCCGCGCGAUCAUGACCUCCAUGCCGGAGGCUGAGCGCCUCUACUUGCUCGAAAAGGAGAAACACAAGAUAGAAGAGGCCAACGAAUCCAUCAUGGCCAAGGAAAAGGAGUUGAAUGACGGGUAGUCUCCUCUCCCCUCCCUGGUUCCGUCCGUGCCGUAUGCUCCAGCUCCUCUCCACCGCAACUGAUUGCUCAAGCCUGCAGGAGCUGCCUGAGCUGCACAGAUGUUGUCAGUUAGAUCCCGAGCUCUUGAAGUCCAUGGCCCUUCCAUCCUUCAAUUACUGAUUGAAUGUGUGCUUUCACGAUGGGACCCAAUUCCUCUUUUUCUCGCAUUCUCUGCAUUGCUUGUUUCUGUGUGAGGCGCCGCGCGCGUCGCGAGUGGAGCGCGCAGGAUUACGAGGAAAGCGUUGGCCUAAUUCCCACUUGGCUUCUGCUUCUUGCUUGUUUAGCUUGUACAUUAGACGUCUAAUGGUGACUUUUGUUGCAAUUCAAGCUCUCUGCGUGGGUACAAUCGCACCAAUAUUGUGAAUGAAUUCUUCAAAAUGUAGAUUCAAUAAAGUAAAAACAAAACAAAAAAGUGAUUGAUGUAGAUUUGCCCACUUAAUUGCAUAGAAGAAGGUGACAAUGUGGGAGAUUGUUGUAAAGUUUGAACAAUUGUGAUGUUC